GAGUCCACUCCUCAGGUUCGCCCCGUCCCCCAGCCGCCGCACACAGACUCAACACGCAGACCCAACUAGAGCGAGAGACCGGCGAAGUGGGAGAGAGGGGCGAUGGAUGCGCGGCUGUGGCAGUCCCCGGAGGCAGCGGCCGCGGCAGCCGAGGCGGCGGAGGAGGACGCGGGCGGCGGCGCGGGGGGGCCCUCGAGGCGGCCGCCGCGCCGCGGGCUGCACCGCGCGUCGCCCUACGGGCUGGGCACCCGGCGGUGGCUCCCGAAGCUUCCGGUGGCUUCUAGAAUCUUCCCCAGCGUGUCCCGCGACCACACUGCCUCCGACAAUGAUCAAAUGGAUCAGUGUGAACCUAUCGAAGCAACACAAGAAGUAAGCAGAAGUGAGUCUGCGGAGCCAAAUACCAAUUCUACAGCCAAUGCAGUGGAGUCACUUGGCAUGUACAUAAAUCCAAAUGAUGACAGUGUACUCGCUAAGAUUGAGAAGAUUAUCAAACAGAAGCAUUUUUCUAGGGAUGAAACAGAACGCUUAAUAGAGAUCAUGCGUUCGAGGACUCCUGAUCUUUAUGACGAAGAUCAGAUAGCUCCAAAGUCUUCUGCAAAAGUUGUUGAUGCUACACCAUUUCGAAACAAAUUGUUGACGCCUGCAAAACCAGUUGAUCUUCAAUCGACUCAGGGCACAGAUGUCUUUACACAGUCAAAUGUGCAUGACGUUACUUCUUCACCCAUUGAACUUGCAAAAGCUUAUAUGGAAGCCCAGACCUCGGCAACUGUACAUGAGUCCCAAAAGAGAAAAUUUAGAGCGUUGAGUCAUGGAGUUGAUAUUGAGAAUUCAGCAUCAAAAAUAUUCCCUAAAGUAGCUGUGGACUCUCCUGUACGCUGGCCAGGUUCAGUUGUCAGAGAUUAUCCACACUAUCUUACACCACAAAGUAAUAAAGGAAGGACUCUUCCUCCGGCUUCCUCACGCUCACCUUAUACUGGCUCAGUCUUCCGAAGAUCUGUCAAGAAAACAGGACAUCUCGAUACCUACAAUAACUCCUCUGGACGGUCACAAAUUUCAACACCUUUUCCUGUUGGAAGUAAGGCAAUGAUGGAGGAUAAAAUGGCAUCAACUGGUGGCAUUCUUGGAAUGCAACCUUCAACCUCUUCGGAAAGAGCAUAUGCAGAGACUGUUGGCACUACUACCUUCUUUCCCAGUGAUGGUUCUGCUGCUAUGAAGAAUCUUGCGUUCAGCCUGGAAGGAUAUCAUGGCAAAGGCACCAUAGGAAGUGGCUCAACUCUUGGGCGUAUGUCCGAGGUAGACAAUAUCUCAAAACGUGCUGCUGUAUCUGUUCAUCCCAAGUCAAGCCAAACAGCUCACAAAAUUCUCCAGCAUCUCGAGAGAACAAUUCCUUCCCCUACAACAAAGCCACUAGAGCUAAGGCAGACUGCGAAGAGAACUGGUCCUUCUGUUGUCAUCAGCAGCCAGUACAAAGUGCCUGAUUCUAUCACUAGUAAUGGUCUUAGACAGAGCAGCAUCAAUGAGUGUGGUAGUGGUUACCAGGCAGUUUCAGAUGCAAAGAAGGUUCAGGAACCUCCAAGCAGCUCUAAGCGUGGGGAGUCACCUCUAAAGAUCCAUAGCUACAGGGCCAACACAGAAAUUGGUGAAAUAACCAGUUCACGGGAUCCUCCGAAAACUGACUUGGCACCUGCACCAGCUCCAGUGGUCUUGGAUAAAAGCGCAAACAAUGGCUUCAUGUUCACAUUUCCUGUCACCAAAACCUCUGUUUCGCCUCCAGAACCGCCUCCUACGCCUAGUUUUUCUUCACCGCCAGACAGGAGCCUGCCAGCUGAUAUCCAAGAUAUUCCCAAGUUUACCUUUGGCUCAUCAAGCUCUACCGAUAGACUCAUUUUCUCUGUUGAUUCAGCAAGCGGCUCUGCCAUAGCAGAUGAAACGGUUCCAAUUUUCAAAUUUGGGUCUGAUAGAAAGCGUGAACUGUCUUUCGAUGUAGCUGGCAAAGAUGCAGUUUGCUUUUGAGAUCUGCAAUAGCUGCUCAUUGAAACUAGUCAUGCUUGCUAUUUGCUGGGAUGAUUGUGUGGACAUCACCAUUUGUAACACACACCACAUGAAAGCACGGGGGUCUCGUAUGUCAGUAUUGUCUAUAUAUUCUUGGAUGCUCACGAGUCUAAUGCCAUUUGCAAGAUCCUCUCCGUGUGGUUUUCGUCA